UACACACUGACAAACAGAUACAUAAAAGCCCCGUUUUCAUUAGAUAUCUCUUACGAUGGCAGGCAGAAGCAGAAGAGAAAUUAUUUCGCAUCAACAGCUAAAUCUAACCACUUCCUCCAGAGUCAGAAACUAAGAGGUAUUCAUUAGCCAGAAUGAACUGGGUCACGCUGGCCUGGGGAGACAACUGUCACGUGACGACGAAACUGCCCGCGUUACGCGGAUGUCGGUUCCAGGUGGUUAGCCAGCUAGCUAACGCUUUAAAGCUCUCGUACACUUAUCUCAUCUUUGGACGUAGCUUUGACAUUUGAUCACAAUCAAUGUCUGUAUUUCAUUAUUUAAAAUAUCUUAAAGUGAAAAGCUAGCAAUAAAACACAAAGUUUUGCAGUCGUAUGUACUUUUAAUUGUCUCCUGCUCUGAGCAGUCUCACACAGCUAACAAAGCUAACGCUAGCUAGCCAGCUAACAAAAACGUUCACUUCAGAAGGACCUAGCAAGGGAUAAAUGCAGCGCCUUCGCAGUGUGCAAAGCAUGGUCCAACAUCAUGACACAUCCCAGUGCGUGGACGCAAACUGAAAUCAAGUGUGAUUCCGGAGCAAGCAUCCCUCAAAGAUUGUCAGUCCUGCUGCCAAUGGUCAGACACUUGAAGCUGUGCAUCAAUGUGACUGAACCAGCCAAUCGAGAGGCAGGACUUUGGGUCCUUCGGCAGACUGUUGCCAGAGGUGACAGUCGGCUGUGUGCGUUGUGUGUCAACUGUUUGGGAAAUCCACCCCUAUUUUAUGCUGGACAGGAUCUGCUCCAGGGUUUGUUGGACAUUCUGACGGAUGGGUCAUCACUCACUGUGCUUGACCUGAGGGGUGUUCCCUUUACCCUCAACGAUGCCUUCGUCAGGAGUGUGUCCACACUUUGCCCUGCCCUCCAGAGUCUGUUCAUCAAUAACAGUUCACUGGUGUGCGGUGUUGUCGCGGAGACAGUUAGGGACGUGCUGAGGCUCUGUCCUGCUCUUACUACCAUUGGCCUUUUUCAGGCCAGCCUGUCCCACGAUGUCCUCAAAGAUCUCCUGUUGCCCCAGCGACCAGCACUGAAGCAGAUUGAACUGCGUUGCGAGCGUUCACUAAAGUAUGUCAUGCCCCUCUGUGACCAAAUAUGGGCAGAGGUGAGACAACGGCACCCUACUCUACGGGUAGAUCUCGAGCUGGACCACACCCUCCCAGAGCUGCAUGUUACAGGAGUCCUGCAGCCCAGCAUCCCGGUCCGACACCUUCGUCUUCUCACCUGGACGUGGCUUCUAGAUGAGGUGUGCCUGGUUGGGCGAAGUUAUGCAAACACACUGGAGACGCUUGAACUGCAGACCACGCCCUCCCCAGAACUCAACUCUGUGCUGAUCACAUUGGCAACACAGUGCACAAAGCUGUGUGAGGUGCAUUGUUUCUGUGUGGUGUCCCAGGAGGUGAUAACAGCAUUCUGCACACAUUGUCAAGGUCUGCGGAAAUACACACUCAAAACACGCAAAGAGCCACACCCCUGGACCUGUACCACACUUACAUAACAUACACAGGCACUG